AUGGGUCUCUGGGACUCAUCCUUGGCUGUCCCCAGGCCGGACGACAAUUCCCAAGUCCCUGAAGCUCAUCCGGUAUACACCGACUUGUUAACCUUCUGCUUCGAUGGUUCGGUUCAGUAUGAUCACCAGCGACCGUUGUUCAUCGACGCCCAGGACUCCUCGCGUUCUCUGAAUGCCUGUCAGUUCCGGCUUCUGGUGCGAACGCUGAUUGCGGGACUCAAGGCCCAUCACGUCCAGCGAGGAGAUUCGGUGCUGGUCCAUUUGGGAAACAAUAUCAUAUACCCCGCCCUCUUUUUCGCGAUCAUUGGUGCUGGUGGUGUGUUUAUGGGCUCCAAUGCUCGUAGUCAACCACAGGAACUCGAGCAUAUUCUGCAAUUGGCAGAACCCAAGUUGAUCAUCACCUCUCGCGAGGCCCUCCCCACCGUGCUCAACGUUUCCGUGGCGCGUGGCAUGCUCUCGAGCCAGGUGUGUCUGCUGGACGAAUAUGCGCCCGACCAUAUCGCCCAGUUGCUCGUGUCCGGUCCGCUGGCCUACUCGACCGCCCACCUGCCGUUCCUCGCCGUCAACGCCGCCGAGUACCUGAACUUUGCGCAUCUGCUCGGCUACGGGGAGAAUGACUGGGUCUCCUUCGACGAUGAGGCCAUCGCGAAGGCGACGCCCGCCGCCAUGUUCUCCACCAGCGGGACGGGCGGCCUGCCCAAGGCGGCGCUGCUGUCCCACCAUGCCAUCGUAUCACAACAUCUCAGCAUCCACUACGACGUUCCCUACGAGGUCACCCGGCUGAUGUGCCUCCCCAUGUUCCACCUGUUCGGCGCGCUGUGGACGCACAUCUUCCCCAUCCGGUACGGACAGCCGCUGUUGGUGCUGCCCCGCUUCGAGCUCACCCAGUUCGUCGCGGCCGUCUACCAGUACCGCAUCUCCGAGACCUACAUGGUCCCGGCCAUGAUCCACGUCUUCAACCGCAGUGCCUCCCCCGUGGCGGCCUACCUGGCGACGCUGCGGUACGUGGGCGUGGCCGGCGCGCCCAUCGACGGGGCCUCGUUGGAGCAGUUCGAGAAGCUGCUGCACCCGCACGCCCGCGCCCAUCAGAUCUGGGGCAUGACCGAGGUCGGGGUCGUCUUCCAGACUCGGUAUGGGGCGCCGGGGAAUCACGGAAGCAUCGGAACGCGAACGCCUGGAUACGAGGUGCGGCUGGUCGGGCAGGAUGGCAACCUGGUGCAGGGGGAGCGUCAACCUGGCGAGUUGUAUGUGCGUGGAGCCGGGGUCUUGAUUGGCUACAAGGGACGUAGUGAUGCCAAGGACGCCUAUGGGUGGUUUCGAACGGGCGAUGUGGCUUACGUCCAGAAUGGGGAGUACUUUAUUGUCGGCCGAACCAAGGAGCUGAUCAAAGUUCGGGGAUGGCAAGUUGCCCCCGCGGAACUCGAAGCGGUCCUCAUCAAACACCCUCUGAUCGAAGAUGCCGCCGUCACGGGCGUCAUGUCCCAAGACGGCAGCACGGAGGUGCCCCGUGCCUUCGUGGUCAAAGCUCGGGGCUCGUCAGCCAACCGACUGACCGCGGAGGAAGUAUACCUAUUCGCACGACAGCAACUGGCCAGCUACAAGGCGCUCGACGGCGGGGUCAUCUUCGUCGAGGAAAUCCCACGCACGGCCAGCGGCAAGAUCCAACGGUUUAAGCUGUCGCAGAUGAACACGUACCGCGAGAUGGUCACGUCGCUGCUGGCGCGGUUCAAGGGCGCAACCAGUGGGUUUGGCGGAUUAGGACUGAUGCACAAGGGCCGGCUUACCGUUUGA